CUUCUAGUGGAGGUGUUUAGUUUUUUUUUUUCUGCAAGCCUACAGAUCUCUUUGGUUUUUGUCUGUGUAGAAAGUAGAAACUGAUUUUAAGAACAAGCAUUUGUAGGAUUUUGUUGAGUAUAAUAUAUAGAUUUAACUCGUCAGGGUUUCGAUUUGAAAACCUAUAGUCUUUGUGUAGUAUGUCCGGCUAAUAUGCUCGUCUUUCAUUAUUAUUUAUUAUUUAUUUUCAUUUUUGGGUGACACUUUGAUGACGGGAACAUAAACUUCUGCUAAUAUGUCUCCUCUUUCAUAGCAAUGGAAAAUUACAGGAGGGACAUUAUCAGCCAGCUGCCAGAUGAUCUGCUCUUAAGAAUACUGUCGUCACUUUCUCUUAAGGAAGUGAUGGCAACGAGUUUCUUGUCCCAACGGUGGCGGUCUUUAUGGAAGUUGGGGUCUAAACUCAAGAUUGGUGAUAAAGACUUCGACGACUUUCUUCUCAAAUGGGUUUCCAGAUCUUUGGCUAUUAGUAACCCUCAGAUUCUAAAGAGCUUGGAUUUGAAGCUUAUCCCAGGUAAUGAAUGUGACAGAAAUAGUAACUCUUUUCAUAGGUUCUCCUCUUUGGUUGAAACCGCAGUUUCUUGCGGUUUGAGAGAGUUGAGAAUCGAGUUUCUUUACACAUCCCUAGAACUGCCGAGUAUCUUCUAUGCAUGUGGGACCCUCGAAACAUUGAUACUCUGCAGGCUACAUCUCGUGGAUGUUCCGCCUAAUGGUUCCUUGUCGUCUCUCAAAACUCUUCGCCUUUUAUCCGUCAAGUUCUCACGCGACGAAUCUGUUCAGAAGCUUCUAAGCAUUUGUCCAGUUCUUGAAGAGUUGGUUGUAAGACGAUCCGGAUAUUCCAAUGUGGAGAUCUUCACUAUCAACGUGCCUAGUUUGACGAGUUUAUCGAUUGAUUAUAUACGUGUGGGAUCUCAUCAACCCACGGGUGUUCAUGGAUUUGUCAUAAAUGCUCCUUCCUUAAGGUACCUGAACAUUAGAGACCGUCACAGUAACUAUUUGCUGUUCACAAAUAUGCCGGAGCUGGUCAAGGCGAAUGUUGAGGCUGUUUGUGAUCAAUCCGAGAGUCUAAUAGGAUCUCUUGCCUCAGUCCGUUAUCUCUCUUUGUGUUCAAAAUCUUCAAACAUUCCAUACCAUGCAGGCACUUCCUUUGCCUUUCUUGAACAUCUAGAGCUGUGUACUUGUUCUUCGGAGUGUUGCAAUCUACUUUCCCGCAUAAUCACAGACCCCCUAACACUUCGAGUUCUCAAGCUUAAGUCGAUACAUCGCGCCCAUUAAUGGUUCGUUGGAACAAGCAGACUUUUGUUCCUGAAUGUUUGUUAUCGCAUCUCAAGAAUUUGGAAUGUAAACAUUCAGAGGCUCAAAGCUAAACAAGUGGCCAAGUAUAUCUUAGCAAACGCUGGUCAUCUGAAAUUAUCUUGUCAACAUUUUUUCGACCUUUUUUUAAUUGAAUGUAAAAUUGAUUCGAACAAGAAACUCAUUUCUAUAUUAAGUUCAACAUGUCACUGAAUUUGGAGUAUUUCUUUUGGAAUUUACAAAAGGUGUUAAAUUUGUGA